AUGGUGUUGGUCAAUGAAAAGGGAAAUAAUUUCUACCCAAAUAUUUCAGUGACAAAUGUGUUUGUGCAUGGGUCAGAAUUCAGCGAAGAAAACAUCGAAUUCUGGAUUGCUUGCGAUGACUUUAAAACAAUAAGAUCAAACACAUUGGUGACUCGAGCACAGAAAAUAUACAGUGACUUCAUUGCCAUUAAGGCUCCAAAACAGGUAAUGGCAUUUUCAAUAUCAAGGAGAAUAACCAUGAAAGGAAACUAUAGGUGCACAAAGUUCAAAUGCAGACUAGAUGCAGUGACGGGUCUUGAAAAUCCAACGCGCGACAUGUUCAAACAGGCUAAAAAGCGUAUCCAGUAUUUGAUGGAGAAUGACUCUUACAAGAGAUUACUGCAGUCCGAAGGCUACAGACAACUCUUAGGCAAACAUUCACCAUCAUUGCAUGGCAGUAGAUGA